GCCGCCUAUGGGCACCAUGUCUCUCGAAGGAUGUCUUUAAUGUGCUGUACAUAAGUAUCUCGAAGCUAAAGGUUCCCAGUAUUAUAGAGAUUAUGUCGGACAUCUUGUGUGUUCUUACAUCUCUAGCUGAAGAAGGGGAUCAGACAUUAUGUCUGUCAAGUAAUGAUGUUGAAGAUUCUGGAAAAUCUGAAGCCACAGAUGUGAGUCAGUCAGCAUCAUCAAACCUGUCAAACAAAUCUGAUAACAGUCAGCCAGUCAGAACAAAAACUGGUAACACAAAUGGGAAUUCUACUGCGAUCACCAAUUUGAGCAAGGAAAGGCCACAAACAAAGUGUCCAGCAGGAAGAAUUGUUAGGUCACGAUUUAAAACUGCAGCCUCUGCAUCAAAGGAAAGUAAAGCAAGUAAUAACAGCAGUGGCAGUAUGUCUAGUAAUACUAGCAGUGGCAAUAAGUCCAAUAACACCAGAAGUAAUGGGUCAAACAACAGUAGCAGGAAUGGUCUUAAUAGUACUCUCAUCAUGAAACCAUCCAAUCCAGGGAAGAAACAAAUUAUGAAGCCAAAGCCUGUCAGGACAUCACAAGCUCAAAAAUCAAAAGCAAAUAUUCCAAUUAGUCGUCCAUCAUCAAGUUUGUCAAAAGUGGUUGGAACAGUAAAUCAGGCUCCAACAAACCAACAAGGGUUUAAUGCUAAUCCACCGGUCAAUCUCCCAGGAUCAAAGUCAAGUCAUGAAGAGUUGCGUAAGUCUGCUAGAUCUUCCUCAGUGCAGACCAACAAGGCUAAAUUGCAUUCAACUAUUCUGAAUGCCACUGUACUGACAGAUACAACCACUGUGAAGAGCUUGGAUGAUGUUUUCAGUACAACGAUGGUUGGCGGUUUGGCUCCUAGUGGUCGUAAAUUGGAUCUAACUGGAGUUGUACUUCCUGAGCUUCCUGAUAUUUCUGCUAUAAGGCUGGACAGUAAUAGUAGUGGAAACAGAACAGGAGAUACAACUGUAAUGUCAUCUGCUAGUGAGAAGGACUUAUCACAAGAGGGUGAAACCAUCAUCUUACAAAAUGUGACUGCAGAGGAAUUAGAGCAAGAAUACCUGAGUUAUUUGCAGUGGGCCUACAUUGAUGUCAACAGUGAAGAUGCCUUCAAUAUUCAUCUCAGAGAUACACAGGCCCAGAUAUCUUUCUUAGAGCAACUGGUGAAUGAGAAGCAGUUAGAGUUAAGUGAGAAAACUCAGAUGACCGAUCUCAUCCUUCACCAUCAAAGUGUGAAUGAAGCUCACAAAUUGCAGACUGAUUUGCUUCAGGAAUUAGUUGAUGGGCUUCCUGGAUGUGAAGAAGCUGAGAAGAUCAUGAGUCAAGAAUUGGAGAAGAACUUGCAUCAGGUCAAAAUGGACAACCUGUAUGUGCCAGAGAAACAUAAACAAUAUAGAGAUCAAAUUUCGGAGGCUCUUCACACACAAAUUACUUUACUGAGUGAGCUUGAGACGUUGAUGGAACCACGAUCCCAUCAGCUGAAUUCCACCAUCAGUCUGCUUGGUGAACUACACAACACAGCUCAGCAUAUUCAUCAGUGUGAAAACGAGGUGCAACAAGCAGCUAGACUUGCAGUACAAGAAGCAUCUUUGCUUAUUGGUGCUAAGCAGAUGAAAGUCUCGGCUUGCAAAACUCAGGAAGUUGCGGCACUGUCUUUAACUUCAAAAUCAGAUUGAUGAAAAGUACUGUAAUACUGUAUCAUGGAACAUGUAACUGUAUUUCACAUUUCAUAAAUGAGAAGAUAUACUGUAUUGUGUCACCUAAUGCAAUUUCUACUUUUUAAUAUUUUAUUUUUAUUAGUACAUACUGUGUAUUGAUACAGCUUCAUAUUUAUAUUUUAGUAAAAUUAUUACAGUUACAUUUUUAUGGAAAAAUUGUCUAUAUUCUGAUGUAUUUUAACAUGACAGGAAACUUUUAAUUGUUGGUAAAUACUAGCAUUGCAACUGUUGCUCCUGCUGUUGACAUUAGAAUAAUUUCAUCUCAGAUAAAAAGGGUUGCUAUAAUUUCUGCAUUUAGCAUUAAGGUGACUAGAUAUAUGCUUACAUAUAAAUCUACCAAUGGUAGAGAGAAAGGAUCCUUGUUGCUGGAAUUUUAUAAUUUUGUUCUUAUUUUACAAAGCAGUUACCUGAAGCAAUUGAUGCUGCCUUUGUACAACUAUACAAAAGAUAUGGAUGCAUAAAUGAGUGCAACUACAGUGAACCCUCUAAGAUUCAGACAAAAUUUGGGGGUUUUGGGGGCUAAGAAGCCUCCCUAAGAAGCGCUCCCAAAACAGAGCAAAGAUCAUCUUAAGCCCGUGUAACUAAGAUGUCAGCGCGCGGGACACAGGUGCUCAAGGCGGGAAUCAUAAACCGAGUUGUCAAUACUAUUGAUUGUGGAAAUAUUAUUUCAUUCACUCUAGUAAUACAGUAAUACAAUGUUUCUUAUUUUGUUAUGAUAGUUAAAUGCAUUAUUUUUAUAAUUUGUUUAUCACUUUGCCCAUCACCAUUUUCAAAUUUGACUAAAAGAUAUGCAUUUCUCCCAUACAUGUUUCGAUCGAAUGCCUGGCAAUGGGAGUGAGUGAGUGAGCGAGCGAGCGAGCGAGCGAGCGAGCGCUAGUUAGUGUUGUCUGCAGUUAUAACUCUCCUCGCUCCUUGCCAUACUUCACUGGAUUUUCUGUUAUUAUUAGUGUUUACUGAUUUAAUAGUGAUUAAUCAUGGCAAUGUAGCCAGAUUAGAAUUGUCACUGCAACCACCAGGCUACUGGGCCAAGCUGUGAGGUGUUAUGGUUGUUUUUCAACUUGUAUUUUCCGGUAGAUAUCCAUACCUUUCUUCAAUUAUUUUUACUCAGUUACAUGCACACACCAUCCUACAUACAUAUUGUGAAAAAAAGUAAAUGAAAUAAUUGUCCUAAGGGCAAACACAUAAAGGGAAUAUCCAUUUCCUUGCACAUGAGUUAGCUGGUUCAGUGAGGGAGUGGGAAGAGAGCACCGAGUGUAGAAGGUGGGGAACGUUGCAGGGAAUUGGCAUCCCAGCUGGUCUCUAUUGCUAUGAUGAAGCAGGGAGUGUAUACGAAUGCCAACUGUAUUAAACAUUCAUUUGGCUUUUAUUUACUGAUUUGGCAAUACAAUAUUUUUUAUAUCCUA